UGGCUCGUCACCCUGAACUAUGCUGUGUUGUAUUCACGUUUCUGAUAACUCUUUUCAUCAAGUAUGGUACUAGGUAAAUAUGCUGAACUAAAUAACCGAUCUUUCUUCAAUCAAGCAAAAACUAAAUUUAUUUCUGAAUCUGUGAAUUCAGGUAACUGUGUAAGCGGUAUUUGUUGAGCUUCAGGUGGGAAUGAGCGAGUGCAUUUAGUGAGAUUUAUGAUUAAUAUCAAGGGCCUAAGGCUUACUAUAGUGAUGAGUCUGCUCAACUAAUGUUAAUUAAAACCCUUGCCAGCAUUUAGUUAUGACAAUCAGUGAAUCACUGAAGUUUAAACUGAACCAAGUUUAUGUGAGAAAAAUUUGGUAUAUGCCAAAUGCAAAGAAGAGAAAAUGAAUAAAAUACCAUGCCAUGCUGACAUGCAAUAAUCCAUUUUCAAAUAUGGUGGAAAAAUUAAAAUAUUAUAAAUACCCAACCAAUGAAAUUUUAAAAUUAUAAUUAAUCAACCAAUAAAAUUUUUAUACAAAACAUACCAUUGUCGUAUUUUUACUCUAGUAACAAAAAAACAAGGGGACUGAAUCAAAAACAUAAACGUAACAAAAACAUGCAAAUGACGUAAAGGCAUCUCUUCUUUGCAUUGACCAAGAAUUUGAAUUGAGGGUAAUUUAACUCGUGACGGAUCUCCCUGUUUUACUGUGUUUUCGCCCUACUUUUUUUGACACAACCACCAUAUUUGUUGCCAUGACGGUAGACAUUAUUUAUUUAUUUAGGCAUUUUUAUAUAGCGUUUAUCAUAAAGCUCUAAGCGCUUUACAAUUAUUAAAACAUGUAAACUAAGUAAAUACAUUAAAAAAGGGCUAAAAGGUUCCCAAGUUUCUGUAUUAUGAGUGAACUCCUCUUUGUUAAAUUGCGUAUUAGUAUUGUUACUACUAUUAAUAGAGUUAAAUAUUCUUUAUUAUAUUAUAUUUUUUUAUUGGCAACUCUGACAUUACACUCUCUCCCUCUGCCAGAAACCUUGGAGUCACGCUCACGGACACCCUCUCCAUGGAGAAACAUGUCACGAAUAUAUGCAGAUCAGCAUAUAACGAAAUUAGAAAAAUCAGCACCAUUAGACACCUCCUCUCCUUUGAUGCCACAAAAACUCUCGUCUCUUCACUCAUUCUUUCAAAAUUUGACUACUGUAACAUUCUUCUCUCAGGCAUUCCUCAACACCACAUAGAAAAACUUCAGAAGGCACAGAACUCAGCAUGCAGACUCAUUUUUAAAUCAAAGAAACAUGACCACAUUCAACCACACAUGCGGCAACUCCACUGGCUUCCAAUAUCCUCUCGCAUCAAAUACAAGUCUGCCAAUCUUUGCUUCAACUCGUUCACUGACCCUCACUUUCCUGUCUAUCUCUCUGAACUGUUGCUUCCUUACAUCCCCACAAGACAACUACGUUCUUCCAUUGACAGUAGAACCCUCUCAAUCCCAAGAACUAAAACUAAGACCAUCGGUGAACGCUCCUUCUGCUUCCAUGGGCCCACGUUCUGGAACCAGCUCCCCUUCCAUAUACGUCAUAGUGAAACCUCGUCCAUUUUCAAAAAGUCCCUUAAAACUCAUCUGUUUAGGUCCGCCUAUGACCUGUGAUGCACCCUCCUUGCCCUACCUCAUUUUCUGUUUCGGGUUGAUCCUGAAGUGUCAAAGUGUCCUCGUUUUAUAGCCAUUUUCAUUGUUUCUAUAGUAUAGUAGUUACUAUCCUAGUGUCUCAUUUGUAUUUACUUAGUUUACAUGUUUUAAUAAUUGUAAAGCGCUUAGAGCUUUAUGAUAAGCGCUAUAUAAAAAUGCCUAAAUAAAUAAAUAAAUAAAUAUUAAAAUUAUAACAUUUCAAAGUGAGGUUAAUUAAUACCAGUAAUUGCUGGGUUUUUUCUGAGUCUGAUCAUUUGAUAAAUGGAUUUUGACUUUAUUAAUAUUGAUAUCAUAUGGUCUGAUAUGGUUAUCUCCCUUAUGUGAACAUGAAUCUUCAAACAUAAAAAUCAGUCUCCCUAACAGACCCUGUAUUAUGCUUCCGUUGCAUAAAAAGAACACAUAAUAACUAUUGAAAAAGUGAAAAAUCAACAUAUUUUAUAUAACAAACUUAAGUUAAUAAUUAGCAAAAAGCUUGCAAAAUUUAUGAAUUUUAUUUUUUCAAAAAACCUAACCUAAAAUCUGUCCCUCUGCCUAACUGAACGUUAAAUGUCCCUAGUGCGAAAAUCAGUGCUCCUUUCUCAAGCAUAAAUCUUCAUAACUAAAAUCAUCCUCCCUAACUCUAGCGUAAAUCUUCAAACUCUAAAAAACAUGUGUUUAUGUGUUACACAUUGUUGUCGGAAAAUCAUAGAUUUGAAUAAAAAGAUUACAAUUUUUUUGAAAAGUUUUUAACCCUAACCCUAACCAUCUUGCAGUUUAAUCAAAUACACUUUAACAAACUCCAAAAAUAAACUCUAAAACAUACAAUUUAAGACAAGAUCCAGACUCAACCAGGGAAAAGUAGAAUCUCGUUUUAAAAUAAAGGUAUUGAUUAACCCUGCUUUGAAAUAUUAAUUAUAAAAUACAUUCCAGCAGUGUUUAAGAUCGAAAAAGAGAAUAGUUAACAAUAGUAAAAAUCCACUAAUAAAUAAAGGUGAUUUCAAUCAUCCACAGAAACUCGGUUGGGGGGGGGGGGGGACAGUCAAACGUAAAUUGACCAAAUUGGGUCCUAAGCCUAAGAUAAUAGUAAAAAUCCCCCAAUAAAUAAAGGGGAGUUCAAACCUCCACAGAAACUCGGUUGGGGGGGGGGGGGCGACAGUCAAACGUAAAUUGACCAAAUUGAGUCCUAAGCCUAAAGUCACAAAGGUGGCUAAAGACAAGGGCUUAAUCAAAUGAUCUUAAUUAAACUUAUAGACUCAGACUUAAAUUCAUGCCACAAUAUUUAUUGAUACUCUGAAAUCUUUGAAAAACCAUACAAAAUCCUUUAUGGUGGUACAUCUUUUAAAAUGCCUAAACAGUGCACAAAGUAUGUGCAAACUGUACUGGUUGGCAUGUAUUACUGUAGGCCUUUAUUUUAAAAUAAUUUUUGUUCAAAAUUUUGUUUGACUCUUUUUUUUUUUAAAGCAGUUUCAAGACCAAGCCACUGACACUACCCCCAAAACAACCACAGUAUAUGUUUACACCAUCAUCAUAUGUGCUGGAUUCCCCCCGGGGCUCAUUGAUUCCUUUAAUACAGCUGUUACACGAACAUGAAUUUGUAUUUGUAAUGUAUUAUGCCCCCUGGUGUUACAAGUCUCAAGCUGCUAGGGCAGAGUUUUUAAAGGCUGCUAACUUUUUUAAAGGAGAGGUACAGUAUUUUUAGUCUGUCUUUAUUUUUUAACAAAUAUCAUUACAAAUUCUGCUUUCUAAUGUUAAUAUUUUGAAAUAUGGAAGAAAGAGUUAUUUGUUGUUUUCAAUAUCCAAGGUUUGACUGAAAAUACUCAACAGAUCUAUAAUACAAUAUAUAAGUCAACACCAUUUUUCCUUAUAACAGGUUCACUUUGCUGCAGUUAACUGCUGGUGGCCAGAAGGUGAAUGCAAAAAACGAUACAAAUUUUUAAUGUUUCCUGUCUUCUUGGCAUACCAUACAAGGCUUGAUGGCUACAGAUUUUUUGGUAUUUAAUUUUAAUAACAAGAUUAUUAUUUUGCAAUAGUUAUUUAAGAUAUCUUUUAAAUAUCUAGUUUAUACUAAUGUCAUUUAUACUAAAAAUAGCACCAGCUGUAUUUAAGCUUUUUUUUUUUUAGUUAGUAUUUGCUUUUUAACGCUGUAAAGGUUAUUACUUUGAAAAUUUACACCAGUGGCCUUCUAAAAUCAUAAGUACUGUUUGUUGUUUUAUAUAAGGUAAAUUCUUAUUAUCUCAGGAUGUUAGUAUACAUAUUUUUGGCAAACCUAUUAUUAAUUUUACAAAUGUGAUUUUAACUAGAUUAUUGUUUUCAAUUGGUCUUCAUAGUAAAAAUACUGACUUUGCCUGCAUUAUAAAACUCCAUUCUGUACAGGGUUGAAUUUCUGUGAUAAACAGUUACUGUCAAGAAUUUGCUCUGUUUUGUGUCAGUUCCAAGCAUAUAAUAGAUACAUUUAACUCUGUUGUUUAUACAUGCAGAUUAAGAGAAUCAUAGAAAUAAAUUUGGUACUUACAUUACAGAUCAUGGAAGACUUGAAAUGUUUUAUCAGAAAUAGACAUAUAUUAAUCCAUAUUUUGAACUAUAAAUAGGCCUCUUAACUUUUAAAUUCUUUAUCUGUUUUAAUUAUGUUUCAUGGUUUAAGUUAGGGAAAAAUUUUACAUUUUAUUAUAAAUUUUUUUUAAAAACCAACAACUCAUAAUUAAAGACCUUAGUGCUAAAAGUCCUUAAAUCACAAAAUACACAUUUUGAGAUAAAGUUCAAAUAUUCUUUUCGUUUAUAAAAUGUGAUCAUUUUUAUAUUAUGUCUUGUUUAAUUAAGUGACUUAGGCACAUUUUAAUUUGUUCAAAUUUCUGCAGUACACUUGGCUAAACCCGAUAAGAAAAGGUCACAAGUUUAGACUGAUUUUGACAAACGUGUGACUUAAGUACUUUUAUUAGCACUGGGGUCUUCAAUUGAAAAUCCUUAUUUUGAUCUUAAAUAAAAUCUGUUGAUUAAGCAACUUAAGGGAAAUAAUUACAUUUUCAUUUAAGAGGAUAUAAUUUAGUAAACAUUUUAUUCUGCAGGUCAUGCGAGAGCAGAACAUAUGAUCAAAUUUAUAGAAAACCUUAUUCGUCCUCUUCAAAUUAUGCAUUCAACAACAGGCAUUAUAGAAUUAAUUUCCCAGCAUGAGGUAAUUUUAUCUGCAAUAUUUUUUCAAUAGAGACAUGGCUGUUACAUUUCCAGUUAUUUAAAAAUUUUAAAAAUACUUUUUAAAUAUAAAAUCCAGUGAAAUUAACAUCAGUUAUGGAAAUAAAAAGUUUUAGUCAAAUGCUGUGAGAAAAAAAAAAUUGAUUGUUGGUAUUAAUUUGUAAUUAUGUUUUAAUUUCUCACAAAUGUAUCACUAUUAAUGAUAUUCUGGAGUAACAGCAUUUAGCCUCCUUAACAUUUUUGGUCUUUUUACAUAUUACAGAACAUCAUCCUUGGCUAUUUUAAUCUUUCAUUACCAAAUAGUACUGAUGCUUACAAUCAGUUUUAUUAUGCUUCAAUGCGGAUUCUUGAAAGAGGUAAUUUAUUUUUAUAUUUCAUCCAUUUUAUAUUGAAAAGUAUAUUUAAACAAAUAAUUUUUACUCACAGUGUUCCCUCAUCUAUUGCGGGGAUUAGGUUCCAGAUCCCCACCCCAACAUACCCAACAUCCCCAUCCAGCGAUAGGGGAAAAUCCGCAAAGUAGCAACCUUAUAUUUAAUUAUUAUUUUUAUAAAUUUUAAGGCUUUAUAAACUCUACCCACACCCUUAUAAACCUUUCUCACACUGUUAUUAACCUUUUCCACACACAAUUAAACACUUCCUGUGCUCUUAAACACUUUUUACGCUAUUAAACCUGCGUAAUUUCAUUGAAUGUAAAAUUCCACACAUAAAUCUGCAAUAGAAAAAUUAGAUAUACCCUGCCUUACAAGUAAAACAUCCCUGAUACAUUGAGACCGUAAAAAAGUGAACCUAGAUAUGGCGAGGACAAUUGUACAACAUUUGAGGAAUUUUUAUGUAUGAACUCUAAUUUUUGUGAAGUUGCAUCAUAUUACCAAAUAGAGAGAAUAAACAUAAAGCCUGACAUUUAUUAUCCAAAGCAAAUUCUUUAUUAGCCCCUUAAAAAUUACAAAACAAAAUAUCCUAGGCUAUCUCAAGAGGUCAAGUAAAUGAAAGAAAAUGUCUUUUCUGGGAUAAUUAAUAUUGAAUUUGGAAAUGUUACUAAACAUUUUCUAUAAUUUAAAGUUUGUUACUAGAACAACAUGCCAAUAUACAAUGAUUGAUGCUUUAUUUUAGAUCCUUUCCAGCCUAUUAAAUUUGCAGUUGUUACCCAGCCAGAGGUGGCUAAGGAGUACUUUUUGUCUAAUUAUGAGGACAUUAUUAUGGUCAGGCUUACAAAUUCUUCAUUGGUGAGUUGAAAUCAUAUAAGCUAACCAUAAUUAACCAUCAUUACUGUUUAUUUACUUAAGCCAAAUACAUCCAUCUUCACAUAUGUGGUAUAAGACAUCAGGGGUUGAGAGAUCAUCAAUAUGAUUUUUUUAUUUUGAUAAAAAAGCGAAUCUGGAAAUUAUUUUUUUUUAAUGUUUCAAAUGAAACAUUUUAUAUUUUAUAAUCAAACUAUGACAUGAAACAAAAGUUUAUGUAUUAUUAUAUGUAGAUCUUUUCGAGGAAAUUCAAAAUUAUAUAUACUGGUAAUAAAUAUCCAUACAUUUUUAAGCACUUACAUUUCAUCCCCAGUUUUAUCCCUAUGGGAAAAACAUAACCAGCUCUAAUCUCCUGACUUGGGCCAUACAGAACAAAGGAAAGGUUGGUAUUAUACAAUUCUUAAUUUAGAGUCUAAAAAAAAAUAUUUGUAAUAAAUGCCAUAUUGAAAAUUAAAGUAACCAAAAAUAAUUUUUCAUUUCUUUUUUCAUUUAUAUUCAGGAAAUAGUGAAAAGAUUAUCACCAGAAGGCUUGAAAAGUCAAACAUUAGAAUUUGAGAUGGAUAAGGGUCCAGCUUUCAUACUGUUUCAUCUGGAAAAUCCACUAUUUAAUAUUGAACAUGGUCUAAGAGUGGUGAGAGACGGGUUAGUUAGCAAUAAUGAGUUGAAGAAAUUUAAAUUGUUUAAUUCAGCUCUGAUUUUUAAAAAACAGUAAUUACAAUUAAUAUGUUAUCCACAUUCGUUUCUAUUUAUUAAAUUAAUAUUUUUAAUUUGUACAUAUGUAAGCAUUUGAUUGCCUUUGUACCUUGAACUCAGUUGUUUGUAAGCAUUAGUGAAAACAUACAUUAUUAUUGGAGAUUAUAGUUACGGUUUUUCAUUGUUCUACUCAUAAUUUAUUUUAUUUAAAUUUUUUAAACAUUUUCCUCAAUAGAUCCGAUGCCAAUGUAAUUAGUGAUAAUAGAAAUCUUAUUGAUUCUAACAAAGACGUAUAAUCUUACUCAGCUGAAAGUCAUCCUAAUAACAUUUACUAGUAUUUUUACAUAAAUAGAUGACUAAGCAUUUGUAAGUUGUAGUAUUUCGCUUCAGCUGUGUUUAAAAAACAAAUUUGUGUUCCUUCCUUUCCAGUUGAAGGAUGUUGUCCUAACGUACAGACAAUGUAUGCUUGAGACACCUUUCCAUGGUAUUCGUUCCGUCUGGACCAAAAUUAUUGCAAGAGACAUCAAACGCUACCAUUCCCUGACAUAUAUGUGUGACCAGCUGAAACAUGUUCACCGGCCUAAUGAGCGAUCCUGUUGUAUAUCAGCUGUCAUCAAACACUUGGAUGUAAAUAUUUUUUCCUUAAAUAAUGAACUAUUUAUUUUAUAUUAUUUCAUUUGUAUCGCACAAAGUCUCUUUGGUUGUUAAAAUAUUAAUAUUUUAAAAACUUAGGAUUCGCACUGUGUUGAUUGGUAGUUUUGUUAAUAAUUUAGCAUUAAGAAAAGAUAUUUACAGAAUAGAUGCUAAAUCAUUUAUCACAAAGUGAGUUAAAAUCAUUUCUAAAAUUAUUAAUUGUAUGCAGAAUUGAAUCUGUAAUCUUGUCAUAAUUUAUUAUUGGCAAUAAUCUUUUAUUAAGUUUUAGGUAUAUUUUAAAAUAGUGAUAUCACUGAUUUGGAGCAUUUUGUCUUCUUGGUGAUUUGUUCGUUAACACAUUUCAUUCUGAUUUGAACUGUGCAUAUCCUGAAAAUCUUUAUUAUCUGCUUUAUUUUUUCCAAACAGGUGAAUGGGAAAGUUUUCAAUAUCUGCUAUCAUAGUUUAGGUACAAGUAAUUGUAACUUACUUUUAAAACAUUUUCCUGUUGCCCUAAAACAUGUAGGAUCGUUCAGCUCAAGUUGCAGGCAUAUCCUACUUAGCUACAUUUUUGCAGCGCAGCUCAGUAUCUGCUGCCAACAAGAGGAAGAGUCACUCAGUGCAUCAGCUAACUGGGUCAAACCACCAUCCAAUGAGAAAUGGGUACUCAAUAUAAGCAAUGACGACCAUACUGUUUACUUUGUCAAAGAGAAUGUCAGCGCAGAUUCUGAAAUGCGACAUUCAAAUGACAGGUUUGUUCGGGAUCAUCUGGAACAUCUACCCAGGAGACUGUGUGAUAGGCUAUUGCUGGAAAAGCAGCAGGGGGUAAAGUCAUCGUCCCAUGAUGUAGAUUUGGAGUUUAGUGAUUCCAUUAGUCUUGAAGACAGAACAAAGCAGCUAACCCAAGUUGGAUGCACUAGUAAUAAAACAUUGAAUUUUUAUACAAUGGAUUCUAAGAAUCGUUGGAUGUUUUCUGAUGCUCUGGGAAUAGAGCCAUCGGCUGCCAUAAAUGGACCUACAGCUGUUUUAUUUGAUAAAGAGGUAAGGGGAAUGCUUCCUAUAAUUUAAUUUAAGCUUUUAUAUUUAACAAAAAAGGUUGAUACAGCAUCAUGUUAAAGUUAAGUUGCAGACUGUAAGUUUUUGUAAUCCAUUUUGUUAAUAUUUUUUAUUAUGACCCAAGGAUUUAAAAAAAAAAAAAUACAAAUCCAUAUCAUUGCUUUUUUUCUACCUAUUUCUUAUAUCUUGACUUUAUAAGAUUCCCUUUGUAUUAUUUUCAGAAUGAAGAACACUAUAUAAUGAAAGAAAACUUUACUUACAGCAAUACCAGUAAGUGCUUGUUUGAAAGUGAAUUACGUAAUUAAUUUUUACUUAUUUAGGGAAUGUUCUUAUGACCCAAGGUUUGAUAGGAGAUUUUGGCAAGUUUUCAUCUAAAUUCAUUAGUGUUUAUUCAACAGUGUCUUUCAUCAUUGACUUUGAACAUGGUCGGUUGAAGCGCCAUCUACAGUCUCAUAGCUUCCGGCAGAAUGAUUAUGCUGCUCCGGGCCAUGUUAAUGUUAAGGAAUUAGACUCACAGACUUUUCUAGAUGUUGUCAAGCCAUAUAAUAAAGUAUGUGUAUAUAUAUAAUUUAAUAAUAAAGUAUGUGUACAUAUAUGAUUUGAUAAUAAAGUAUGUGUAUAUUUAUAAUUUGAUAAUAAAGUACCUGUAUGUGUAUAACAUAAUUUGAUAAAGUAUGUGUAUAUAUAUAUAAUUUUAAUUGGAAAAAUAAAUAUAAACAUUUCAUUUAACUGCAAAAACAAAUUUAUUUAUUUGAUCUUUUCUAUGAACUUUAAUUGAUAUUUAAUUUUAACUUGGGGAAACCAGUUAUCCCCUUGUUUACAAUUAGAAGCAAUAAUUGAACUAAUUAAUCUGCAAUGCCAUCAAUUAUGAUUACCUUCAUUUAUAAGGUAUGUGAGUUUAGCCAGAAUUUUAUCUAUUGUUUUGUGGUCAAAUAGAGGAGAGCUUUAAUAUUUUGAAUUGUCUUCUAAUUUUAACAUAAAAUAUUGACUCAUUUCCUUUAUUUUCCAGGAUAUUGUUGUUUUAAUCUAUGCACACUGGUGUGGGUUUUGCCAGACCCUGAGUCACACAUUCCUGUCUCUUGCUCAGUAUUUUUCCACAUCACCUCAUAUUGUUUUUUCCAGGUAAGCUGCUUAUAUAAGGGUUGGUUUUUCGUUUUAAAAUAACCUAGAGUAAUCAUUUUCUUAAGUUUGAGACAGUAAUUUAUUAAAACAAUUUAAUUUUUAUUACAUUGGCAAUAAGCUUAUGCAAACUCUGUUAAUGCACUGUUUAUCUUUUCCAUGCAUUAUAAUUGGAAGGGGCAAGAACUUUGACAUGCUUAUCAAAAACUCCCAGCUUGGAAACAGCUGGUUUCUAUAAAAACAUUUAAAUGGAAGUUAUGCUGUUAUAGUGUUAUAAGUAACUACUUCAUAAUUUUCGAGACCAAACUAACCAAGUUCAGAUGAUAUUUAAAUAAUAGCAGUCAUGUACUUGGACCUCACUAUUUCUACUGCUUAUAUCAGAAUCAGCAGCAGCAAUUACCCUUUUAAUUGAUAUGACUAUAUAAACAAUAAAUUACAGAAUCAAUGGUGCAACCAAUGAUCUUCCGUGGGAGUAUACAUUUGAUUCCUACCCCACUGUCAUAUUUUUUCCUGCCAGACAGUAAGUUUUUGACCCAUCUUAUGUAUAACAUUGGUUUCUGUUCACAAGUUCUUUUGGGGUUUUGUUUGUGUGCCAGUUAGUAAGAGCAUGAUGUUGGGUAGUUUUGGUUGCUAGUUAAAUUGAUUUGUAUUUCACAAGGGAUCAUGCUUCAUUAUUAUUUAUUUUCUUUUACUACUUUGGCUUUGAUUUAACCUGUGUGUUUGGAUGAAGAUGGCACCAUUAUAUGUUUCAUUAAAUGCAUAACUGUUUAAAAUAUAACAAGUAACCAGCAUCCUUGCAAUGUCUCCCCCCUCCCCCUCCUUAUUUACCUACCUUAUCCCAAUAGUUUCACAGUUUCCUUUCUAUUGAUGGUGGUAGAAUUGUUUCUUAGAUCCGUUUAUUCAAAUAAAAAAUAAAUUUGAUACAUGAAAAAAAAAAAAUUUAUGAUUUAUAUUUUAUACAAGAAAGAAAUAACUUCAGCCAUCUAUAUAAUUGAAAUCAAAUAGUAAAGUCAUCAUUUUUUAAAUUAAAAUUUAUAAUUCUAUAUAAUAUAUAAUCAUCCUUAACAUGACCAACAAUUAUUUUAUAAGUGCAUCUAUGCAAGUAGUAUAAAUCCAGUCCCUUCUUGAAGUUUGCUUCCCUUUUUUUAGUUCUGUAACACUUUUAUAUUUCUGUUGACUUUUUUUCUUACCUUGACUUCCAUGGUACUUAGUGAACCCAAUGAUUUGUUUAUUUGGAAAAGAAAAAGGUAAGGGUUCGUAUAUCUCCUUGUAGCUUUUAAUGCACAGAUCGUGUUGAAACCUGUUUCAUAUCCCUUUCUAAAUUAUUAUUUUUUUUUAAUAAAGAAAGGAUAAAUACAGACCUGGUUACUCUAAUGAUUUUGUUGUACAUUGUACAAUAUUGAGAUGUCUUUUACUAUUGUGCGCUGAACCUGUCACAAUUAUGACCUGUUUGAAACAAUAUAUUCCUGCAGUUUUUAUGAAAAAAUCUACCAAAAAACAUUUUUGGUUGUUAGUUUUAGCUCCUUUCAAAUAUCGGUUAAUGGGCAAAUAUGAUGGGUUGGAGACCAUCUGAUAGGAGAGGGGGAGGGUUCACUUAUGAACGUAAGGUUGUGUAUGUGAGGGGUAGAUGGAAGGUAUCUAAUAAAUAUUUUUAAUGGCUAUAAAAUAACACAGCCAUGAUUUGUAAUGGUGAUUACAAUUAGUCAACAGUAAUACUUGCAUAGUCGCCCUAGUUUCAAAUUAAGUCAAUAUUAGCUUUUUUGUUUUUGUGCUUCAUGGCGGUAUAUUUUAAUUUUGUGACAUAAUUAUUUUCCUCUGACUGAAAUGCAGUGAUUGCAAAAAGGGAGAAAAUUACAGUUUAAAAAAAAAAAAAGGAAUUCUCCAAUGCUCUGUAGGCAGCAUAGAUUUUGACUUAUUUCAAAAGAACUAGUAAGUGGCCUUGGAAAUCUAUUUUUAGAAAACAGCUAUGCAAGUUUAAUAUGUCAUUUUACUUCCAGCACUCCUCUUCCCAUCUCCUAAUACAGCUCGUGGUAGUUUUUAGUCUAAUAUGUUAACAGAUAUAAAAUCAGGCUUCUAGGCUUAAUGCAGGGGUGCCAAAACCUUGGCAUAUCACAGUAAAUAUUGUGGCCUACAGGAUGUAUUACAAAUGGACUUAUUUCUUAAUUCAUUUAGCAAUUCUUUUUAUUCUUGGCAUCAACACACAUUUGAAAUAUAAUUUAUAUAAUUCAAAGUUUUGUUACAAUAUGCAUAAUUUUUUUGGGAAGAUUUAAAAAUAAUAGAUUGAAAUAAGUAAUCUCGAAUCUGAAAUAAAAAUUAUAAAACAAUUUUACUGUUAGUAACUAAUAAUAUGAAAGUAUUUAUAUAAACACAGCUAGCUAAUUUUCCCACUAGCAUUCCAAUGGGGUAAAAAUAAUGCAAAUUAUAUUAAGUGAUACGCAUAAGUGAAUCCCUGCAUUUUGAUUUUAUAAAAAAGAAAUUUGCCCUCCCCAAACCCCACUUUUGCUCAGGUGACUUAGGCUACCGUCCUCUGCCUCUCCCAGCCAUUUCAAUCUAUCAAACUGGCAAAGACGGGCACCUGUUUAGUUGCAAUAAAGCAAUGUGUAUAUUUAUAUAUAUAUAUAUAUAUAUAUAUAAAAGAAACAGUCAUCUACUUUGGGAUGUGACUUCAUUAGACAUAGGAUGUAAAUAGUUAUUGUAUACAUUAUUCUGUAUGUUUAUUCACUAGUAAGAUAUGGAAUUGUAUGAUUUUGAGAUGGUAAAUAACUUUUCUGACAAAAUAUUGUACUAUUUUGGAAGUUCCAGGGUAACCAGGUCUGUAAAUGUAUGAAUUUAAAUUACAAUCUUAAGUAAAUAAUGUUGUACAAUGAUAUGCUAUUUAUAGAAUUAAAUAUAGUCUUAAAAGCUUAACAAAAGUAUAAAUUAAAAAAAAAAAAUUAAAACUUAAAAAAAGGAAUCAUAAAACCUAAAAAAAGGAAAUCAUGAAGAAUUUAAUAUAUUCUAUUACAAAUGUUCAAUGUUAUUGACAUUUUCGGUUCGGCUUUCAAUAAAACCUUAAUUUGUUACUCCAAAACAUUUUAAAUGGCUACUUAUCUUAAGGUGUGAGCAAUUUAUGUAGAUAAAACAAUUUUUAGCUUCUUUUAUAUUUUUAGUUUUGUGCUUUUUCACAGCCUAACAUCUUUUUGUUAGUAAUUUUCUCAAAUAGUACUAAUCCUUUCAUAUUUAUACGUGUGUAUGUAUUCAGAAAUUUUGACAGUCUCAUGACACAAUGUUAUAUCAGUUUAGAUUAAAAUUUAAAUGAUACAAAUUUUAAAAUAAACGUUUUUUAUAAAUUGGAAGUAAAAGAAAACAACAAUUAUAAUUUAUUUGCACAGUAGAAUAUCAGGGGCUCUAAAACUCAAACAAUUAUAGACUGCAUGAGUAGAGUUCGAUUCUCCAUGGUGUUAUUCGUCCAUCAACAUCGACUAGGACCAUCCAGUCAUCCGGUUAGGGGGGAGGGUGGGUUAUGGUGAGUUUGUAGGUGGCUUGCUUGUCUGAUCCAUGCUCAGAAUAAUCUCUGGCACUGUGGGCAGGGCUAGCCUGCAUGUCUCAGCUGUGACUAUCCUACUGGCUUCAUGAUAUUUAGCCCCUUUCUUGACAGCUGAUCACCACUUGGCCCUGUCCUGGUCUGUCAGCACCCAUUCAGUAGGGUUGAUGCUGAAGGCCUUUAGUGCCGCUUUCAGUGAGUCUUUGUAACACUUAUUUUUAACUUCCUUGGGAGCGCUUGUCUGUCGUGAGUUCUCCGAAGAAUAUCUGUUUAGGGGAAUACACACCUAAAAACAUUAUUAUUAAGCAUUGUCUCUUAUUAUUUUGUGGGUUAAGGGAAGUUUAGUACUGAUUAGUGUCAUUAUAUUCUUUUCUACUUCUACUCAUAUGCUUAUUCAUAUAAAAGAUUUUCUCCCCACUUGCUCUAUUUGUCAUCCACACAUUUUGUAUGCACUAAUUUCUUUUUUUAAUAUUUCCUGUUCAAUGCUGUGCAUUUAUAUUAAAUAAUAAAAACUUUGACAACAGCAAAGUACACAUUUUAUUGUAAAAACCUUCCAGGAGAUCAGUAAAAACUUUAUUUUAAUUUUUUGUUAGGCAUGUGUAUGUUUUCUUCUUUUAAUCGCCCCGGAAAAACGUUUACCUUCAAAUGUAUGGAAACUAAUUCUUCAGUUUAAAAAUUUAAAAUAAUAAAAAUACAUAUUUUAUACUUUUUCAUUAAAAUACACUUAAUUUCAUCAAUAAAUUUUAAUAGCUUUUAGUUUUAACUAUGAUUGAAAAAAACACCAGUAUAAAAUUUUUUUUUUAUAAGUCAUUGCCAGUAUAAAUGUGAUUAUUUUUUUGGCUCUCAGCUGAACGAUUUUCAAUGUAACUGAUUAAGAAACUCACUAAGUUCAUUGGCCAGAAUCUUUAUGAAAACUUAGAAACCUUGUUUGUUGUGAUUUGACACCAGAGAGGUAAAAAUCUGAUGAUUGUCUUAAUUCUGGUUUUAUGAGCAAUUUUCUUUGUAGACUACUCCCUACAUGUAUUUAGAAUAGGGUGACCAAACAUCCUGUAAAAAUGGGAUUGUCCCGUUAUUUCACGAUCGUACCUGGUGUCCCGAAAAAGUAUCUCGGAACGCCUAAAUGUCAGUUUCUCAAACCAAACACAUUUUCAAACACUAAAACUUCCUAAUUUAUAAUAUAACUUCAAGCAAUACUUUUGCUAGCUGUGUAUCCAGUGCAGUAGUGAUGUGUGCUCGCGUGAUGACUACACUGUUCCCCCUGCACCACUCUGCUGACACUGCAAAAUUAUUGUUUUUGUUUAUGAUAUGCCUCAGAGUUAAAAUUAAAUGUAAAAAGUGAUGGUAAAUUUAAAAAGAUUUCAAAGUUUCAAAAUAGUUAAAAUGAGCAUAUUUUAAAAAAACAGUUUCCGGCGGAGGCCCCCAGACCCCUCUUAAGCUGGAGGCAGAGGUGUAGUGAAAGUGUUUGGCACCCUGGGAUAACAUUCGCGCCCAGGGACAAGAUUCAUUUUAAAGCGCCCCCCUUUUCUCUUUUUAAAUUCUCAAACCCAUUAUUUUCAUCAAUAAAAUAAUGUCAAAGCACAUUUUGGUGCCCCUAACUAGCUGGCGCCUGCCUCCCUUAGCCACGCCUCUGUUUGGAGGGUAUCCCCUCAAACCCUCAUUGGGUGUGUCCCAUUUUUUUCAAUUCAUGAUUUGGUCACCCCAAUUUAAAAGCAAAAUCUCCUAAUUCGACCACCCCCUCAGUGUGUGUAUAAUAUUUGGAUGAUCCCCUGCCCCCCUCUAUAUAAUUUACUGUCUUUGCUAACUAACAAUCACCCACAACUUGAUAUCCUAGAGAAAAAAAAUUAAUUAUCGAUCACUUUUUAUUGGUCUUUGUCACAAUUUAUUACUCCAAAAAGAAAAAAAAAUUGGUUAAUGGGACACAUAUUAGGAUAAAGUUUUUUUUACUAGUUUAAAUAUAGAAAGCUAUUCAAAAGUGUAAUAGGGGGAGGUGUGCUUUCAGGUUGAUGCAAUAUGAAAUAUAACAAGUUUUGUCAUCUUUCAGGUUUUCCCCUUCUCUGCAUGCUAUAUUUCAUAAAGUUGUUUAAAAACAGAAUUUUCUAAAAAAUUUGUUACAUCAAACCUUUCGAUUAAAAAUACAUAAUCUGGCCAAAACUAAGUUCAUAAAUUAAUAGUAAAAGAACAUAAUAGGUAGAUAUUGCUCUUUAUUAAGGUGAUAGAUUCACAAUUCAAAAACACAGCUGAUGAAAAGUGUAGUUAUUUAAAUGAAAACGAAAAAAAAAUUAUUGGUUUAUCGAAUGAUAUAUAUUAUUCACUUCUUAAUUUUAGUAGAGUUUAUACAUAAUUUGUAAACUUAGCUUUUAACCUCUUUCAGAGUCUUCAUUAGGUGUGCUCCAGUAAGUGCUAAGUAGCGCUGACUAUUUGAAUUUUUAUUGUAACUGAAUAGCAUUCAAUUUGAACUCACUUAAAUCUUGUAUUCUUCACAUUUAGAGAGAUUCAUUCCACUAUUCUCUUUUUUUUUCUUGAAGCUGAAAAAUAAUAGACUAUAUGUUAGAAUUUCAGCUUUGUAAAUGUUACAUAUAAAUUUAUUUACCUCAUUAUGUGCCUUAACUUUCUUUUUCAAAUAAUUUCUUGUCACACCUAAUUUAUGGAAAUUAUUGCAGUUAGUUUCUAUUUACCAUACAUAUUUAAGUGUUUGACUGGGACUUAGAAUCACUAUAUACUUAUAUAUAUUUGGCUUUAAAUAUUUGUCUACUCUGCUGACAUAUCUUCUUUUACUGUAAGAUUGAUUUUUAUUAUUUAUUUAUUUUUUGUUACAAAAUUUGAAAAUUACUUCUGAUCUAUUUUUGCAUUUUCUUCUUAAUUACUUUUUCUGAAUAACUGUUAAAAGUUAGAACUAAUGUACAUUAUUCAGUAAAUAUAAAAUUAGCAUCAGCAAGCACAUAUCAGUUUUUUGCAAUUACCCAUAUACAUAACAUUUCAUAGAUUCAAUAUUGCAUUUCAUAUCAUUUCAGGAAGUCUGAUAGCAUAUUGUUUCCCAAAGAAAAGGAGAAAUCUUUGACCAAUCUUGUGAGGUUUGUGCUUCACCAUGCCACACAUGACACAAAGCUCCACUUGGCUGCAGAUGUAUGCUCCACUUCCUGCAUCAAGAGCAACAUUCAGAGGUGUACCUCACUUCUGCAGGAGCUGAGGCUAAGGCAAGCGAGGCUUCAGAGGAGACUUAGCGCUGCCAUUAGUUCUAACAGGGGUGACAAUUAUUUUAACAAGUUAGGUUCUGACUAUAUAGUUUCUCAGCUGCAGUCAGUGAGGACACAGGUGUUGACAGUGGAAAAACUUAGGGCAUUCUUGGAGCAACAAGGGGAAAGCAUUAACAAGCAGGAACUGUUUGAGUUGUUUUCAGUGGCAAAAAAUUCUUUUGUAUGAAAUUAUUAUUGUCUUUAAUUAAUGAUAAUAUUUGCUUUUAAAUUUUAGGUCAGCCUUUUUUGACAUAAAUCAUCUCAGUAAGUUAGAAAUGCACCAAGUAAAAGGAUUUAUUUAAAUCAUCAUCACAUCCAAAUAGCAGAGAAUGUUGUGAUUUACUGAUAAAUUACAAUAUUUUAAGAUUUAUAUGUGUUAAUAACAGUUUUAAUAAUUUGCCAAACAUCAUUUGGACUGGACACAUCUUAGUAUUAUCAAUUAAUGACUCAGUAUAGAAGAUUUCUUUAAAUGAUGAAUUGUUUUUUCAUGAGUGUUUUAGAAUAAUACAAGUGCCUGAGUAAGCCCUGAAAUUCUCAAAUUUUUCUUAAACUAAGCUUAAAGUCAAUUGCUAUUCGGUUACUGAG